GCUUUGGGACAACGGUGGAAAGUAGGAUCGGGAGUUUGUCUGUAUGAACACAUGAGAAAAAGAGGAAAGAAGAUGGGUGGAUCAAAGAGACAUGGCAAGGAUUAAAGUAGGAUGUGGAGCAACAAAAGAUCGGUUUUGUUAUAUCUGACCUGGACACAAACAGGAAGAGAGGAAAGACAAAGUAGAGGUGCACAGAAGACAGAGAACUUGCCUGAACAAGAGACAGAAAAAGAAGACAGGCUAAUAACUGAGGAAGUGUGCUCUCACUCACCCACAGACGAGAGAGUCACACUGAAUCAAACCAGACAGACAGACAGGAAGAGGAUAAAGAAGGGGAGGAGGGGGUGUAAGGUGAAAGAAAACAUAAGAAAGCAGAGAGGCAAAAGAUUAACACUCUUGAGAGAGAAAGAGAGUGUGUGUGCGAGGUUUAGCCAGGGAGAGAACAAGUCGAAGAGGGGGGAGGAAGUCUGAAAACAGAGGGAGGGUGACAGAAAGCAGAUAUUGGGUGCGUGUUGAUCAAGGUGAAGCAGAGAGGAAGACAGAGAGAUACAAGCUGAGGGGGCUAGCGGGUGAAGUUAGGAGGGGAGAGGUAUGAGGGGACAGCUCUUGAAGUCAUUCUUCUCUUUGGUGAUUCCUCUCUUCUGUUUGGGGAGCCUGCUGACUACUCUCAUCUGGUACAUGGUCGACAACAAUAAUGUGGAACCUCAGAAGCCUCCUCCUCAAAAGAAAAGUGCCCCUCAGUCCUCUGACUCUUGUAAAGGCUGCCGGGAGGUCAUUGAGAAAGUAAUAGAGCGUUACUCUCAAACCUGGAAGAAGCAGGGGGACAAUUACCAAAAAUUCAGAUCUCAGCUGAGCAGCAAGUGCCAUGGUUUUGACAAGGCCAUCAUCACCCAGGCCAACACUCCAGUGGGAUCAAAGCUUGUGUAUGAUGGGGAAAAGAAAAGGACCCUCCAGGUGACCCAAGAGCUUUUCAGCACCUUUGCAAAGGAGCAUCCUUUCCCAAAUAAAACAUGGGACACGUGUGCUGUUGUUGGGAACGGAGGGAUUCUGACCAACAGCAGCUGUGGAAAGAUGAUCGAUUCAGCUCAGUUUGUUAUCAGGUGCAACCUACCUCCUUUGGAAAAAGGCUUUGAGAAACAUGUGGGCAUCAAGACUGACAUUGUGACAGCAAACCCAAGCAUCUUUAUAGAGAAGUAUGGGGGUCUAAUGGGGCGUCGCCGUCCAUUUGUGGAGAGUCUGCGUAGUUACGGCAACUCCCUGCUGCUUCUUCCCGCCUUCUCCUAUGGCCACAACACUCCCGUGUGCCUGCGGGCCGUCUACAGCAUUGAGGACUUUCAAAGCCCCACCCGGCCUGUCUUCUUCAACCCUGGGUACCUCCAGAGUCUGGCCCACUUCUGGCGGUCGCAAGGCCUACGAGCAGUGCGUCUCAGCACCGGCUUAAUCAUGGCUAGCCUGGCGCUGGAACACUGUGACAACGUGCAUCUGUACGGGUUCUGGCCCUUCAGUAAUCACCCACAUGGACUCCGUGCCCUGACUAACCACUACUACGAUGACAGACAAACUAAAACGAAGUUCCACGCCAUGCCGGCUGAGUUUGACCUCUUGUUGCGGCUGCACAGUCAGGGGGUGCUCAAGCUUCACCUGGGAGAUUGUGAAAAGUAGUUCCCAGACCCAGGGACAGCUGACAGGACAGGAGCAAAGUGCCUUGUUUGUAGCCAAGCGACUCUGGAAGCAUUUCAUUAAUUUUGAAUGAAUGGACAGAUCUAUUUUGGCUGAUGACACGGAAUAAGUGUGCUUGGAUUUACAGUGAAUGCUGAGUUGGACUAUCAGCAACCAAGACAUUUGCACUGAAAGUAAGAUGCUGUUAACUUUAUGUGAACAGUGGUGUAUCUAAAAAUGUAUUUAUUACCACACAUGUUCCAGCUGGAGUCUGGAAGGAGUUAUUUUGAUUUAAAUGGGAAUCUUUUGCAAGGCAUUUGUGAGGCCUUUGUGGUGGUCGACAUUAUAGUGCCUUGUUUUGCAUUAACCUGAAUGUAUUUUGAAGAAAUACCUCCUUUACAUGAAGAUUGUCUGGCUAAAACACUUAAUGAAAACAGCCUCACACUGAAUGUAAAGAAUCUUCUGACAUUUUUGUUAAGAAGCGCAUCUCACAUUCACCACUUUGAAAAUAUAUUCUGGGAACUCUCGAGGGGAAAUGUAUGGUACUAAUCACAAAUCUUUUAAAAAGGCUGGUGCUGGUUGUGGAAGAUGAUUUCCACACUCUUGUUCUCACUCCACAUCACUGACACUGCUGGAUAAGAUACAGACUCAAUGUAAGCCUCAGCUCUCAGAGUGCCUGCAUGGGUCGUAUCCUGGUAGCUUCAACUACAAACCAUCAUGGCUGCCCUCUGCGGGCCGUGCGAUCAUCCGAGGACCCAAUUGGCUUGAAGCCAAGGACUAAACAGAGACACUGCAGAAAGAAACAGGAAUAAUAGCGCCACUAAACACAGGAGGUCCCUCCUCACAAAAGUUGCUAUGGUGAGCCUGUGUUGCAAUGUGUCACCACAGUGACCAGACGUGGCUAUUUACUGUCACAAAGUAUAACAUUUACAUUUUGGUACAAUGUUGGAAACGAGUACUUUUUAAGUUGAUGUAAAAGCUAAAUUAAUGACCGACUCCAACGUAAGGUGAUGUAAUGAUUGUGAAUUGUGCACUUUGGAUGAAAAUUGUAACCUUUGGGUAAGAAGUACAUCAAGACUUUGUGUGUGUUCUGCAACUGGAAGUAUUACCUUUCGUGUUGAUACUUAUAAAGUCUUAACAGCGCUUUUUGUCCUCCAGAAAAAUAAUGGGCAACUGUAGCUGACUAAACUUGAGAACUCUUGGCGAGCCAGUUUUAGAAUCAUGUGAUUUAAUUUUUUGAGGUGAGAGGGAAAAAUGAAGUUAAAGUGAAUCAGUGAAUAAAUAUUUAUCACAAAAAAGGUUAUCUGAUUGUAAUUGGUGGCUGAAGUGGAAUUCACUUCUCUAACCAUGCAACAAAGUCUCUUUCCCAGACGUCUCAGCUUGCAUGAUUUAGUGUCUUUGAGACACUUAGCGCCCCAAACCUGCCAAGAUUUCACAUGGGAAUGCAGUAUUUCUA